AAGAAAUUGGAGUUUUGAAUAUUAUUUUGAUCUGCGGAAGUAAUAAAUUUCAGAUUUUUUUAUUUGAUUCAAUUAAUCAGUAUUAUAAUGGCGGUCAAGGCUGCAAGGGAAGUCUCUGUCUCCAAUCGACUUGAAGGAGGAUUUCUGAAAAACAGAGUCUGUGUCUACUGGCUUUCUGGGAGAUGCAAUCGGAAUCCAUGCAGGUUCAUGCACAGAGAAUCACCACCAAUCCCGCAAACUAAGCAGAUCCAUUCAGCAUCACCUGAGGAAAGUCAUUACCUAAAAUCCAGCAGAAGGACCUGGAGGAAUACUAACUCCAGUACUCCCAAGAAUGUUACACUUUUAACUAACAGAGGGGCUGGGUCCAAGCGUACAAGUGGUGAAGUUUCCCAACAGGAGGUCCUAGCAAAGAAUGAAAGAAAAAUUGAUCGGAUGGACCAAGAAAUGGUCGUAACCUCCAAAGAAAGUAUCCACUGCCAGCAGACCGUGCAAAAGGCUUUGACCACUGAAUCAGUUGAAUCGGAUAGAAAACCAGUUCAAAAAAUCCAGCCAAACGUAUGCAAGUAUUGGGUUACAGCAAAUUGUGUCCAUGGCGAUAAUUGCAAGGACAUACACUCUUGGUACUGUGGAUCUGGAUUCACAAUGUUGACGAAGUUAGAGGGACACACUAAGGUGCUCAUCUGA